CCAACAAUCUCAACAACCGGAGCCUAGCAAGCUUUCAACACGUUGGCCCGCUACGCUACUCUCGUCCUGUCCACCAACCGAAACUCACAGCUCCGAGCUCCGCCUCCGACUCCACCUCCGGCCACGGCGAGCAGUCACGCACCAUGGCGCCAACAGUAGAGAUCAGGAAUCUCACCUUCACCUAUCCGGGAAUCGACGGCAAGCCGCCGCCCGGAGCACCGCCCCUCAUCGAGGACGUCUGCUUCUCCCUCGAAGCCGGUCAGCGCUGCCUUCUCGUCGGCUCCAACGGUGCAGGUAAGACAACGAUACUGAAGAUACUAGGCGGGAAGCACAUGGUGGAUCCGAGCAUGGUUCGGGUCCUGGGAAGGUCGGCCUUCCACGACACGGCGCUUACUUCCUCCGGUGACCUCUGCUACCUUGGCGGCGAGUGGAGGCGGGAUGUUGCCUUUGCUGGCUACCAGGUGAAUAUACAGAUGGACAUUUCUGCAGAGAAGAUGCUAUUUGGUGUCACUGGCGUUGAUCCUCAGAGAAGAGAUGAGCUUAUCAAGAUUUUGGAUAUUGACCUUACCUGGCGCAUGCACAAGGCAUCAGAUGGUCAGAGGAGAAGAGUCCAGAUUUGCAUGGGACUUCUCAAGCCAUUCAAGGUUCUUCUUCUUGAUGAGAUAACAGUUGAUCUUGAUGUGUUGGCAAGAGCAAAUCUGUUGACAUAUCUAAAGAAGGAAUGUGCGGAACAAGGUGCAACAAUUAUCUAUGCCACACAUAUCUUCGAUGGCCUGGAUGAUUGGCCAACUCACAUUGUCUAUGUUGCUCAUGGGAAGUUGCAACUAGCGCUGCCAUUAGAAAAGGUGAAAGAAAUGAGCCAGUUAUCGCUCAUGAGAACAGUAGAGCGCUGGCUGAGAAAAGAGAGGGACGAAGACAGGAGGAAGAGAAAGGAGCGGAAGGAGAAAGGCCUCCCGGCAUUCGACAAGGUCAUUGAGGGGAGCAGAGUAGUGAACAACGGGUGGGCAGCAGGAAGGCUCACUUCGACGAUAGCCGGUGAAGAGAACUUUUCUCUCAGUUCAAACAGCGUUCUUCGGUAGUAUCCCCGCACUGCACUUUUCUCUCAGUUCAAACAGUCCUAUAACACCACGCUCGAGGGAUUUUGGCGGUAACAGCAACGUUCUUGCACAAAAGGAAGAAAAGAAAAUUCGAAAAAUUAUGCACACCUGCUGCAUGUAUACUACGAUGUACUCUGAAUCUAUGGUACUUGGCGAUUAUUAUUGUUUGAUACUUUUUGUGCAUAUACUAGUAUGUGUCUACUUUGGUCA